GAUCCUAUGUGCUUGCGUGGUCCUUUGUUGCUAAGAUAUGGACGAGACCAAACUGAGGCAGAUGGCAGUGAUGGCGAGGGGAGACCAAGGCUACCAUGAGACGGAAGUGACCAUCAGUGGCGAGGCUGACCUUCACCGGGCGUUUGUAUUUUGUGACAAGAACCCGGGCCACAAGAAAUUUAUUUCGGUCAAAAAAUUCUCAGUCUCUGAUCUCCCACAAGAAUACCAAGACGAGGACAUCGUGAAAUACAUUCUGGCUCAAGCUGAACUGACCGUUAGAAUCCGGUCCACGUACACCAGCCCAGGCAGACCUGAAGGGUACGCCUUUCACCGCCAUGCCGGUAAAGACUUACAGAGGUACGGCACCGGGUUCGUCCAGUACGUCUACAGAAAUGACGUCAGAUCCGGUAAACCCUGUCCUUGUCCCGAAUGUAAAGCGUCGUCAGAUCCACUGGAAGAAUGGGCAAAGGUCAAGGUCAGGACGGCUACGCAUGUCGUCUUCGAUGACGACGAGGCCAGGAACUCCGUCGCGGAACUAUUUUACGACGCGGAGGACGAGAAGGAUAAGAUAAAGAGCGUGUAUGGAGACAACGUGCGGUUCGGUGCCCUGCAGGGAGACUGGUGCGACAUGCGGUGUGUGACGCACGAUAUGGAGCUGGUGGAGCACCUGAAGGACACCUGGGGGAGGUGGCGGUGGCUGGAGACGAAAAUAAACCAAAAAUAUUCCGACGAUGAUCAAGCGCGUCUAGCUGUGGUUGUCUCCCACCCGCACGGCUGCGACAAACAGGUCAGCGUCGGCACGUGGCGAGACCGGCAGGUGGUGGACAGGUCGCGUGAGUUCGAGAACUGCGUCUACACCUACGACACGCCCACCUGCCCGGGCAGCAGUGGCGCCCCCGUGUGGAUACUGGGCAAGAUGAAAUGGGGCGGAUUUUUCGGCCGGCACCCCCACAGCGGAUGGACCGGGUCAGGGUUACAAACCCAGGGGUCGAAUGUUAUGGGGUUAAAUGUCACAGGGUCAAGUGCCAGUAGGGUAAAUGUCAGUGCGGUAGGGUGGGAUAAACGGAUUUAGUAAACAGACUGGUAAAAUCACAUCAAGAUACCAACAUCAUCGUGUGUAGACCCGGAACAUCAACCUUGAUGAGAAGAACCGGUACCCAGAAGAUGUUUUACAGCUGCGGAGUCACAAAUCGGGGAC